UGUGGUUAGUAUCUCACGAUAUCUUAUCGAAAUGCGUGUCAUUCGGACAGUUAGUAUUUAUUUAAUAAUCAAAAAAUCUUUGUAGGCAUCUCUUGUGCCUACAAUUGUGUCGAAAAUGCUUAAAUAUAUUUAGAUCUCUACGACAAAAUAUAUAUAUUGGAAUGGAUAACAUUCGUAGAUUUUUGGCCAACGCCUUAUGAUAUCCUGUCGAAAUGCGUUCGGGCACAGUUUGCAUUUAUUUAUCAAUCACAAAAUUUUACUGGCCUCGAGCCUUUACAAUUGUAUCGAUAUACUCAGAUAUAAGCAAAAACUAUAAUAAAAAUGUAAAGGAGUAUUCAAAAAGGGGGACUACAAGCGGCGAAAUAUCAUGAAUAGAAUUCCGUGUACCAUACCGCCAGUUUCGCUGACGAGAUAACUAUAGCAUUAGGCGUAGUUAGCUAUAAUUAUCGGAAAGCGAGACAGCAGACAGUCGGCUCACGUCGAGCCAGCCGAAGCCAGCCGAAGCUGCGCACGCUUACAGACACGGCUGCGUGCGCUUGCAUACGUUGCUGCAGUGUGCCAUCAUUGGCAUCACUGACUCGGAGUCUUAACAUGUAACGUUAUCUCAGAUAACUUUUAGAUAAGAUGACACAUUUUCUUCUCUAAGAUGAAGAUUAAUAUAUUUUGGCUGCGGUACGACGUCUACAGCAUUGUAACCGUCAUUAUAUCUUUCUUUGGCAUACAAUGAACAAUAAAGAUUGAAUGACGCUAUGAGCGUGAAUCAGACCGAAACCUUAUUCAUUUAGAUGAUUAUUUAAAUAAUUUUAGAUACCGGCAAAUACUAUGAGUAAUUAAUUCCUAAGAAAGACUUCGCACAAGCAAUUUCUCGUUAGAACUUUAUAGUAGAUCAGUGAUUAUGAUGCCGUUGUUAUUAACCAUCUCAACUGUCACGAUCGCCUGAAUAUGGCUGAAAAAUGUCCCGUUAUUUCAAAAAUUAUCUUGCGAUUCUACUGAUAUAUCGGCCAGAUAUCUCAAUUUUCUACACAUUUUUCAGGUUUCAAAAUUACGAAAUCAUGAAUUAUUGUUUUCCAGGAAAAAUUAAGAAAUAAAGCUAUAUAACGCAAGAAACUUAUUGCAUGUCAUUUCUCGCCUAUGACAUCACAAAACCAAUAUGACCAGCGGAGAAAGCCGAGCCUUAACAUAAAAUUUUAAUACAUUACAUUUGUCCAACGAGACAAUUAUUAAAUAAUUAUUUUUUUAUUUCCAUUAUUUGCGCACAAAAUACUGUACAUGUUAUUGUAUUUAAUUCUUUUUGUUAUUUUACAGAUCGCCGUAUUCUUUGUCAUCAACCAUGUGUCCUGCAAAAGACUGAAUUUCACUCAGUUGAUAAAGGACAGAUUCAGAGGGAAGCCUCAGCUAUAUUAUCAAUACAAUCCACGUGACAUACAAAUGGUGAGGGAUCUCUCUUAUCUGCCAGAAGAUGAUUAUGACACGGAGAGUGAGGCACAACAGAACGAGCUGCAAUCGCUGGACAGAGAUAACAGGGGUUUAAUGCCUAAAUAUCAGGAUCUGUGUGAAAAAAAAACAAGAAAAGUGGAGUUGGACAAUUCCGUUUUCGAAUAUCAGCCGUCGCACUAUAUCGAGACCUUCUGCAAGAACUAUCCAUUGCCAGGUGAAGAGGAAGUAAUGCCGAGGAAAUCUUCGCAACAGAAAUGCGCCCAUCCAAAGUUUGAAUGUGUGCAGAGAAGCCGAUCGCUGCUUCUAUCCAAACGGCGAUGGGAUAGCGAUUGCUGGGAACCGCACACGAUCCAUGAAGUCGCCAGCGGUUGCGACUGCAUGUGGCCUGUUACAAGUCUCGGCGAUAUAAGAACUGUUUACCGAUCUAUCGACGGCGAAUCCGUGUGAAUCAACGAGUUCGACAAUUCAUUA